AGAAACUUCCGAAUUCACGCUUGUCUGAGUACGCUAACAUGCUUCAGGCUGGUACAACACGGGAAGAGUUCAUCAAUGCUCUACAGAAUCCCAACUUCAUGACAUCGCCGGAGAGCCAAGUCGACGCAGGAGACAGAUACGGCAGUGGGGACAAGCAGUCGUUCUCUCAGGGCCCAUACGCACAGGACAAUGGUGAUUCCAGUGAGUCCUUUGCUGAUGCGCGCAGUCGCUUUGCGCAGAGACGGCCCCCACAGGCCGAUGGUUAUGGCGACAGACAGAUGUACAAGGAGAACGCUGACACGUACAACAUUAACACGCCUAUGGAUACGGACACUCGUAACUACACGGAUAUGAGUCACAGGAAAGAGGACCUUGACCUAGACAGCCACAACACCAAUCCUUACUUUUCAUUGGACGAUGACAGCGCGCAGGGUAUGGAACUACGAAUGCUUCUGCAUGGAUGUUUUAGGGAUUUAGCUUACCUACUGCACAGGAUGUCUCAGCGGUACAAUGAUGUUAUGUUGUCUGUGCUUUAUGGUGAGCAAUGCAGUGUGGAUGGGCUGUAGGUGAGUGGACACACGCCGUGUAGUGCAAAUGAACGAUGUGCAUGUAUCUGAAUGUGAAGCCGG